AUGAACAACACUCCACUAGAAGAUGGCAAAUCUGAGAAAGAAAACACCCCGAGCUUGACCAAGGAGCGUACCCACAAGGAAGUUCCCUACACGAUCUUUGAAAGGAACGAAAAACUCUUGCUAAUAAGCAUCCUAAGCAUGAUUGGUUUUUGGAGCACGUCAAGUUCACCCAUUUAUUUCCCGGCGUUGCCUACUCUAACCAAAUACUUCCACACGUCGACAUCGAUAAUGAACAUCUCCGUCGUCGUCUAUUUGAUAUGCCAGGGCCUCGCGCCAACGGUCUCGUCGAACCUUGCCGACUAUUUCGGCAAGCGGCCGGUGCUCUUGGCGAGUUUGGUGAUCUACAUCGCGUCAUGCGUCGCCUUGUCUCAAACCAAUGUCUUUUGGCUCCUUGCUGUCUUGCGUUGCAUCCAAGCCGCGGGGAUUGCGCCGGUGAUCGCGAUAAGCUCGGGUGUUUCGGGAGAUGUCUGCACUAGGGAAAAUAGAGGCACCAUGGUUGGUGCCGUGUCGGGUAUCCAAUUGGUUGGAAAUGGGAUUGGCGGGCUCUUGGGAGCUGCGUUGAUAAGCGGCUUUGGCACAUGGAGAUCGAUUUUCGUUUAUUUGGCGAUUGGUGGUGGAGCCACGUUGAUUGCAGCGGUUUUGCUCUUGGCGGAGACUUCCCGAAAGAUUGUUGGGAACGGCACGGUGAUGCCCAAGAGCAUCAUCAACCGGGCCUUGUUGAUAUACUGGCCCUUUUUCAAGAAAAAGAUGACCAAUGACGUGUGCACCAUUUCUCCGCGGGAACCAUUUGAUAUCUUGGGCCCCUGGAAAAUAUUGGCCAAAAAGGAAAUCUUUCUCACGUUAUUGCCUCUGGGAAUGCAUUUUGCCGCGUGGACCAUCAUGCAGGCCUCCAUAUCCACUGAGCUUGAAGGUCCCAAAUACAACUAUGGAGUGAUGCGCGUGGGAUUGAUUUAUUUGCCCCAGGGUAUCGCUUGCCUAGUUGGUUCCUUGAUUGUUGGUAAAUGCAUGGAUUUGUAUUACAAAUACCGGAGAGAUCUUUACGAUAAAAAGAUGGAAGAUGUGCCAAUCGACCACCGGCCUCCUUUAAACAUCAUUGAAACAAGAUUGACCCUAACGGUGGUGCCUGCAGCUUUGAUGAUUAUUGGGUUGGUCAUAUUUGGAUGGUGCAUUCAGUUUCGCAGACAUAUUGUCUCGAUCAUCAUAUCAUCCAGCCUCAUUGCCUUUUCCUCAACCUUGUUCAUUUCCAUAUGCACCACCAUCUUGGUUGACUUGUACCCCUCCCAGGGAAGUGCUUCGGCAAGCUGUCUAAACUUGGUGAGAUGCUGGCUCGCAGCCUUGUUCACUGGUGUUUUAGACAAUAUGAUCUCGAGUUUGGACUUAGGGGGUACUUAUACAUUGGUUGCUGGAUUGUGUUUGAUAACCGAUGCGUGCUUGGUCUAUGUUCUUUAUUCAGCAAAUCAAAAGAACAAAAAGUUCCCACUGAGGGAAAGCACCAAGGUGCAUUCCAGGGCCAACUCAUUGAUCGAUGUUAGGCAAUGA